GCAAGCUAUGCAACUCGGGCUCUGAGGACCGUACGAAGCCUGAAGUGCCUCCCAAAACGCCUCGCUGCAGGGAAGCACGCCCUCAGUCACCAUGAAGCUGGUCGCCAUCCUUUUGGUCGGCGCCAGGGCAGGCAUCAGCCCGAAGACCAAGUCCCGCCCAGCGUCCAAUCUUUGCCGCGCGUACGCCGAGUGCAUGCACUCAACGAUCACCGACGCCGCCACCGCGCAGGAUCGGCUACUCGACCGGCGGCGACACGAGUCUACCGAUGGGCAUCAACCCGACGGGGACCGUGUCGGUAGAUUUACCUUUGGACGACCUGCCUAUAUCGGUAAGAUUGAACGGCGAGUACGAGAUGUCCGAGAACGAGAUGGCCCCGAAGGAGCUUACUGUCGAUAUUGAUGCUGGUUCCGUCGGUCCCGUGGACGUUUCUGGUGUACUGACGAUUGGUGAUCCACUAGGAGCGCGAGAGCUCACAGGAGAAGCGACGCUAGCGCACGAGUACGGCACGGUCACCUUCGAUAGUACGGAGGCCAUGCCCAAGGAGGUUACGAUCCGAGCACUGUCCAAGGCUGGGGUCGAGGUGCGGCCGUCCUGGAAUCCUAGAAUUGGCGCGCCCGAAGGUUUAUCGUUUGAUAUUGACGCGAGACUACAAGCCGAUUCAGAUAGAGCGGUGAUCUACGCCACGGCGGCGCCCGGGAAAAGACCGGAGGUGCGGUUCCACUUCGGCUUUUCCGACGGAAGUCUGGACAUCACGCCCUUACUGGACGAGGGCGCGAAGGCUACAAAGUUUGAAUAUGUCAAGACGGGCCUGCCGAACGGCGCCUCGGCCAGGGCGACGCUCCAGGACAAGACGCUGACGCUCGGGGCGGAGGUCGCCGUGGCCGGCGGCGAGCUGCUGCCGGAGGUCACUGUGGACCUCAACGACGUGACGGCCGCGCCCAAAUUGUCGCUGAAGCAGUCGUUCUCGCUCUAGAAGUGCUGAGUCGUCGUGUAAGGAACCCUCAGUCUUAACAAA